AUGCCUCAUCUUCAAGAAUGGAGUAAUAUCACAGCUUCUGGUAGACAGAUGCAAAUCAAUGGGCAUAUAGGUUCCCCAGCCUUCUCAAGGUUUGGAACUCACCCGCGUACUUACAGUAGUGGAACAUCUCCGGCAGUCGGUGGACGACAAAGCGAAGUGGACGCUGGGAAUACAAGAGAGGAUGGUAGUGGGCGGACUUCGGAGGUAGCAGGAGGUACAGCAACUUUCAGGUCUUUCUCUCAUAAUGCUGCCGAUGCCUCGAGUCCCACCCCUCGAUCUUCAGGUUGGUCACGUUGGGGUGUGGGAAGAAUGUUAGGAACUCACACUGAGGCUUCAAGAAGACUGGAUGACACCGAAAGAGGUAAUAAUACCCUUCAAGACUCGGGUUCUGGGGUGAAUAGCUCCCAUGCUAAUCAGCCUACCAGCUCGGAAGUGGAUGACAGACCUUCAUCCGAGAUGGAAGCGCCGAGCUCAACACCAGAACCUGAAGCUACAAAGCCUGAGAUGGAUAAUGUGUCUGAAACCGCAGCUACAAGCUCCGAUGGCGAGGAUACACCAGACUCCGAAACCGGCUUCGAUUUCGGUAAUGUACCGUCAAUCGAUCCAAGAAGUCACAGAAGGAAUCAGGCUCCCACCUCGACCGGUGCUGAGGAUCAUCCCUCUUCGAUGCCACAUUCAGGCGGCAGAAGGGGCCAUUACUACGGCAGUACUGUAGGUCGCGGUGCAACUGUAUAUGUUGGCGAUUCAGGAUCGGGAGUUGAUCCAAAUGCUCGAAACCGCCACACCUACAACACCAAUGCCGAACCUGGAGCAAAUGUCUUACCCGCGAGUGAUUUAGGCGGUAGGGAUCUCCUGAUGGAAGCCUUACGAGCGAGAUCCAGACAAGGCGAACAUUAG